CUCAGUAUCAUCACAGAACAUAGUCUGAAUUCUGAAGCUUCUGAGCUCUGCAGUCUCAGCUUCUGGAAAGUCUCUCUUCAGCUAAGACCAUGAAGCACUGCAUGGCCAUCCUCUCUCUCCUUGUGCUUGUGGCUGCCUUCUGUUCUCCGGCCCUCUCAGCACCAAUGGGCUCAGAUCCCCCUACUGCCUGCUGCUUCUCCUACGCCCUAAGGAAACUUCCUCGCAACUUUGUGAUUGAUUACUAUGAGACCAGCAGCCUCUGUGCCAAGCCAGCUGUGGUAUUCCAGACCAAAAGGGGCAGGGAAGUCUGUGCCAACCCCAGUGAGCCCUGGGUGCAGGAGUACAUGGAUGACCUGGAGCUGAACUGAGCCACUCCUGGCCCGAGAGCAGCAAGUCUCCAGAGAGGGGCACCUGAGCCCCGGCACUCCUCAGUGAGACACAUCCUCUCCAUGCUCAAGGCUCCUCUCAGCAUUCCCUCUUCCUUCUCUUAGUUUAAUCUUUACUAUGUGCCAUGUUACUGUAUUAUGUGAUGUUGUUAUUAUUUAUGUUUGUUUUGCUUAGGGACACAGGUCCCCCAUGGGGAUGGUCCACCACUACUGUUUCUCUGCUAUUGUAGAGAAUACAUAGGUGAUAUAGUUUGAUUCCAUGUGUUUUCAUAAUAAAACUUUUUAAAAAAUG